UAGAGCUACCAAAGAGCUCACAGGUUUGGUACGAGGAAGUUGGAGGAGCGAAGAAGAUAGUAAUAAUCAGCUGGUGGUGAAGAAUAGCAGCAGUUUGAGGGAUAUAAGCCGCUGAUAAUAAUCGUACUAUCUAGCCAGCCAUAUUUGCUUCGGGAGACUCCGACGAUCAUGUUUUCCAAAAACUUGAUACGAACAACCAUCUUCAUGGGCGCUCUCUUGCUACUGGGCAACAUCGGCCUAGUGGCUCCACGGUCCGCCGACGGUCUAGCCCGGAUCGAGAAGCUUCUGUCUUUGUCUUCGUCUUCGUCUUCCUACCCGUCGUCUCUGGCCUCGUCCGGCCUGGCGGCCACCGACGACCUCGCCGUCAACAAGAGGGCCAUCCUCGAUCCGACUUGCAAGGGCAUCUUCGACCGGGGGCUCCUGAAGAAGUUGGAGAAAGUGUGCGAGGAUUGCUACAACGUCUAUCGCAAGCCUUACGUUGCGGUUGAAUGCAGGAGCAACUGCUUCGGCAACUUGAUCUUCCGCCAGUGCUUGGACGAUCUCUUGAUGAUGGACGUGGUCGAUGAAUACGUCAACAUGGUACAGGUGGUCGGAUAGUGAUCAUUUUAUUUAUUGAAAGACACGAUUAUUUAUUUAUAUUUAUUCCCGUUUUCUAUAAACCAAUGGCAAAACAUCCGUUUUCUAUCUCUGUUACUUUUUUAGCUUUAGGGUGAAGGAAUCAUGAAUGGACGCAAGCAGAAUGGUUGCGUUUCUUUGAUAGGAUUCUUCAGAUCGAUAAUUAUUACACGCGUUCGUGAAUGAUGAAUGAAUAGAUGAAUUACAUAUUCAGCUGAAAGUGUUGCGAAGUCCUUCUAUAAUGUAAACUGAAAUAAGCAAUUUAGUUAUGCACUCAGGAAAUAUAAACAACUUAAAUAGACUUCAGUUACAUUUAGUCAAUAGUCUGUAAGAUAAAAAAGACAAUAGAUCGACAUCGUCUUAUUUAUGUCCAUGCAAAUGUAAAUAAAUUCAUAAAAACUGCAAAAUGAAUUGCCUUUUUUAUCAUGAUUAUGUUCCCUCAGAUUUUUGUUUAUAUUGUAUAAGUUUAAUUCGUUUAAAUUGCUCGCUUUUUGAGUAUAUUUUCUGCAUUUAUUGGAAAAAUAGUGAAUAGGACGAAUAUUUUGAUAGUCCCAUUAUCUCUGCCAACAUGUUUAUGUUCUGGGUCUAGUGUGUAUAUGUUUGUUCGUUCUUUUGUUUGUUGGUGUGUGUGUGUGUGUGUGUGUGUGUGUGUGUGUUAGUGAAAUUGCUCACGAAAUUACGAGUGAACUUUUAGGAAUGGUCCACCAAAAUCUGAUUCUCGUAGCUUUCAGAAAGGGGUUCGAUUUUGGGAAAAACAGGAAUGAACAUUUUCGGGAAAAGGGGAUAUGUUCCCGUAGGGAAAGCGUUGCGGAUAGGUCAGCCUUGGCGGAGGUUUGAGGUCUCUGAAUGUUUUCGUUCAGAAUUCCCUGGUAUAUUGCUAUAAGGCUUUUACAGCCUCCUCAGAUAUUUCUGUUGAAAUAUGUUGCAUUCUAGUCUUCCGUGAUGUCUUCAUUUUGUCUUUUUGUAAAUAAUUUUAGACUGAAUAAAUUAUACUGACGGAGUUUUAAUAAAUGCUUUAUUUCCUUCAAAGUGAUCUCUAAAUUCAGGAUAUGAUUUUAAAUAUAUGUAAGGGAUUAUCUCUCUUAUUAUAAAACUGAAAUGUUAUUCUGCAAGUCAGAAUAUUUUAAAAUUGUUAUAGAAGCAUUAUUUUGCAGGAAGAAUUUUUCUUUUCGAAGUCAUGGUUUACAACUAGUCUGUUUUAUGGCCAAAACUGCUAUAAUGGUCAUGGUACACAAUAUUUAUUUCAUUAAAUGAAUUAUAAGUAGAUAAAAUAAUUAAUGAAUU